AUGCAGCAAGCUCACAGUGUUCCCUCAGGAAUAAGCUCCUGGGGAACACAGGGAGAGUUUGCCCAACAACAGGGAGUAAGUCCCGCCCCCAAACGCACAGUAUUGGCCGCGCUAGUAAAAGCGCAGCAAAACUGCCAUUCCCAAGAUGGCCGCGUUGCGCACUUGUGUUGUGCGCAUGCGCGAGCGACCGCGGUUACCGCGGACCACCGGGACCGCGACCGGCAGCGGUACCCGUGCGAGGGGAGAGAAAACCCCAGAGGGGAGUGGGUGGCAAGAGGAGAAAAACGGUCGGGAAAUAAACAACCCGACCGGAGGUAG